CCUUGUCAUAACAACUUGAAAACAAAACAUACCAAAAUGGCUCAGGCUGCUUCUAAAACGUGUGAAAUUUGUGUUUCCGGACCUGGACAUAACUAUUGUGAACAAUGUGACCAGCUGUUUUGUGAUGGAUGUAAAAUAUCUCAUUUACGGACAAAGAUGACCAAGAAUCACACAUUUCUAAGUGGUCCAAAUAUAAACCCGGAAGUAAAACAAUAUUGUAAAGAACAUGAUGAAAACUUUAUAUACUUCUGCAAGGAAUGUGAUGCACCAAUAUGUAAAAUCUGUGUGAUUAAAAAACACAAAUCACAUGAUUUUGCUGAAAUCAAGGAAUCAACUGAAGGCAUCAAAGCGGAGGUCAAAAUGAUGAUCGACAUGAAGAUGAGAAACCUGCAGUCACAUAAAGCAGAUAUUGACCAAGGUAACAAUAAAUAUCAAGCUGAUGUACAGCAAAUUGUCCAGACUAUAAGAGAAGAGGGCAGACAAUUGAAAACAAUGAUUGAUAAGGAAGUUGAAGGUUUUAUUAAAACGCUACAGAAGAAAGACACAAAGAAUGUUCAAACCUUACAGUCGGUUGGCAAUGAGUUGAAAACAGCUUUGGACAAGGCAAAGGAGCAGCAGAAGUUUUACCAAGACACCCUUGGUAUAAAAGAUACUACGAAAUUGUUACAAAAACUCAAACAAAUAAAGUCACAAAUCGAUCAAAUAGAAGUAAUACAGAUUCCAAUUAUGCCAUCAGUCAAAUAUGUUAGACAAAAAGUAGCAGAGAGUGAAAUAGGGAAACUGUUUGGGGAAUUAACAUUUGGAGAAACUGUCAAAAAAGAAGAAAACCCGAAACCUCAGAAGAACGUCAGAGUUACAACAACGGCUAAACAAUACAGAUACAGAUGCAGAGGAUGUGGGACAGAAAUAACUUCUGAGUAAGUACUCCUAUUCAAAUUUAUUAACGAC